AUAGGUAAUUUUCUAACCUUUUAGUUUUCGAAUCUUGUAAGUUGGCUAAAUCUCUGAAAUGUCCAACCAUUGCGUUGAAUACAAUGAUGCAAUGAAAAUAUCGAUAAAUAUAUGUUAUUAAUAAUAAAUAUAUCAUUAUCAUUUAACUUGUAAAUGAUUUUGUUUUACUAUUGCUAUGGCUAUGGCUAGUUAAAUUGAAAAAAAAAAAAAAAAAAAAAAAAAACAUAUUCGGCCAUACAAAUUAAGGGUGACAUCCAUGGUUCGAGAGGUUGAAAGGUGGAUAGAACGUUUGUGAGAUCUUUAAAUAAAGGUGCUGAAAGUUGGAGGACUGGGUUUGGCAAGUUAGAAAGCUGAGGACUUGAAGAGUGCUACCUGAUCAAAGUUGGAAAAGUAGAGUGUUACCUGAUCCGAAUAAGAGUAUAAAGUAUAAACUGGGUAUUGAGUGUUGACAUUUAUGUCUCUCAUUAUGGUCAAACACUAGAUAUUUUGUUGAGCAUUUUGAGAGAAUUCGUCUUCCAUUAAAGAUACCCACCUAAGUUUUUUUCUUUGUAAUCGUAUAGUUCUAGUCUUGUAAUCAAUAAGGUUCACUUCUGUGUAUUUGUUUGGUGAUAAAAGUUCGGUCGUGUUCUUUGUAUACAAAAUAAAAGUGUUCUAGCUACAAGAUUUUUUUGUUAAUCAAAACUAUUUUGAUUAAAUUUGUUGAAGGCUUACGUUUCUAAACACUACAAAGCCAAUAUGACAAGGGUCGAGAUCAUUCUGAGAGAGCAAAUAAAACCAUCUUCCCCAACACCACCACACCUUAAAUCAUUCAAUCUUUCCAUCGUGGAUCAACUCAUUCCUGCCCCUUACGCCCCCAUCAUACUAUACUACCCAAAUGAUAAAGAUCACACCAGUGAUCUUCAAGUCCAAGAAAAGUUGAAAUCUUUAAAGAAUUCGUUAUCCAAUACAUUAACACGAUUCUACCCUUUAGCUGGGACAAUAAAGGAUGACCUUUCUAUCGAUUGCACAGACAUUGGUGCUUACUUUGUAGUGGCUCGUGUGGAUGCUUCUCUCGAAGAGUUCUUGAAGCAUCCAAAUUUCAAUCUGAUCAAUAGAUUUCUUCCAUGUGAGCCUAGUUUCAAUGGGAGUAAUGAAGGAAGUCAUGUGAGUAACAUUCAAGUUAACAUAUUUGAGUGUGGUGGAAUCGCUCUUGGUUUGUGUAUUUCACACAAGAUUCUUGAUGGUGCUGCCUUGAGUACUUUCCUAAGAGGUUGGGCUGGGACUUGUUGUGGGUUGAAAGAAGUUGUGCAACCGAACAUGAACACGAGCUCUUUGUUUCCCACAAAAGAUUUAUGGCUCAAAGAUUCAUCAAUGGUGAUGUGGAAAUCAUUGUUCAAGAUGGGUAAAUGUAGUACAAAAAGAUUCGUUUUCAGUUCAUCAAAACUCAAUGCUCUCAAGGAAAAGACAAUGGCAAAUGGGGUGAAAGUGAAAGAUCCUACACGUGUUGAGGUAGUUUCGGGUUUGCUAUGGAAAUGUGUGAUGGCUACAUCUGAAGAAAAGACCGGUUCUUGGAAACCAUCUUUGUUAAGCCAUGUUGUGAACCUUCGCAAAAGGGUAUUAUCGUCAUUUCCAUUAGAAAAUUCCAUCAGGAACUUGAUUUGGAUAGCGGAUGCGGAAUGUAAAACCGAGUCUGAAAUCGAAUUUGGAAACCUUGUUGGAAAAGUACAUGAUGGGGUGUCGAGAAUCGAUAGUGAGUUUGUGAAGAAACUACAAGGUGAUAAAGGGAGAGAAAUGAUGGAAGAUUGUUUAAAAAGGUUGAAAGAUUGUGGGGAUCAUGUUGGGUUUACGAGUUGGUGUAAGAUGGGGUUUUAUGAGGUGGAUUUUGGUUGGGGGAAGCCGAUGUGGGUGUGUGGGAGUGUUUCUGAUGGUAGUCCGGUUUUUAUGAAUCUUAUCGUUUUGAUUGACACGAGAUGUGGUAAAGGGAUAGAAGCUUGGGUGUCUAUGGAUGAACAUGAUAUAAAUAUCUUGAAACAUAAUUCCGAGCUUUUGGAGUUUGCAUCUCUUGAUCCGAGUCCUCUAGAAAUGAACAAGUGAAGCUAAACUCUAUGUGUAUGUCAUCUUUAUUUAUAUACCUAUUAUUCGUGUUUCGUGCUUCUCUUCGAUUGGAUGUGUUAUUAUGUAU